AUUAAUAAUUAAAGAAUUAUUUUGUCUGUGAAUAUUUCAGACGAAUAUGAGAGUAAUAUUAGCGUUCUUGAUUUUUAUAAUUUCACAUAUAAAUGGACAAGACUGUCCUUAUACCUGCCCUACCUCUGAAACUGUCUCCAAUGUGCUGACCUACGGCUGCUGGAGAACUUCAGAAGAACUAGCCGGGAGCACUGAGGCUCAGAAGGUUCUAUUCCUACAAACCACAAUAAGUUCAACAGCUAAUGGAACUGCUUUGGUUGGUAAAGGAGCAAUUGUUGCAUUUUUACGAAACAUUGGUCAAACACAAGCCACAGUUCUGGCAAAAACGGAAUCUACCAGAAGAACCGAGGUUGAAGCAUCAUUUGCUAAUAUCUCUUUACAGCUGGCGGCUUUGGGAUCAACUAUCAAUUCAGCCCAUCCCAAGUUUAAAGAAUAUGUUGCGGUAUUAACUAAGAUGACGUUGGUCAAAUCUGCUGGGGUAACUGUUGUAUCUGAUUAUUCAAUUGUUGAAGCAAACUGUGUAGCUCUGCAUUUUGUUCAUUCUUUCCCAGUUUCCACUACAACUACAACCACACCCACAACCACAACAACCACAACUACAACUACAACUUCUACCACAACUACCACAAAAACUACCUCUGUAGAAGGAGCAUCAACUACUGGCUCAACAUGGACAACUCCAUCUCGUUUACUUGGUUGCGCUUACACUUGCAUGGCUACAGCAACUCUGCAAAAUGUUUUAUCCUAUGGGUGCUGGGUUGAUUCUGCACAGAGCUCAAGUUUGUCUGAUGUUCAGGCAAAAUAUAUUCUUCAACUAGCAAUUAGUUCAAAGGAAGAGAACGCUACCCAACUUAUUAACAGCGGAUCCUUGGUUGGAGUUCUGCUUCAACAAGGACAGGAUCUACCUUCAAUACUUGUCAAAUCGGAAGCAGUAAAAAGGACAGAGGCAGAAGCAAUGUUUGAAAGUCUAUCCUUACAAUUAGCUAUGCUUGGAUCAACAAUUACUUCAAGCCAUCCACAGUUUCUUACCUAUGUGAACAUACUUACCUCAAUGACAAACCUGAAGAAGUCUGGUAUUACAACAGUGUCUUCAUUUUCACUUGCACAAGUAGAAUGCAGAGCAAUACAAUUUGUGAAUCAGUUCUCAACAACCACAACAACUACAACUACAACUACAACUACAACUACAACAACUAUAAAUACAACACCAACGACAACAACACCACCAACAACAACAACAACAUCUACAACUACAGCAACUACAACUGCAUUACCACCAACAACAACAACAACAACUACAACACCAACAGAUGGAUCAACUUCUGCUCCUUCAGGAGCAGCUUCUACAACUGGAUCAACUGAUGCUUCUUCACCAGCAGCUUCUACAGCUGAAUCAACUGAUCCUUCUUCACCAACAGCUUCUACAGAUGGAUCAACUUCUGCUUCUGGAUCAACUGAUGCUUCUUCACCAGCAGCUUCUACAGGUGAAUCAACUAAUGCUUCUUCACCAACAGCUUCUACAGAUGGACCAACUGAUGCUUCUUCACCAGCAGCUUCUACAACUGGAUCAACUGAUGCUUCUUCACCAGCAGCUUCGACAAAUGGAUCAACUGAUACUUCUUCACCAGCAGCUUCUACAGGUGGACCAACUGAUGCUUCUUCACCAGCAGCUUCUACAGAUGGAUCAACUAUUGCUUCUUCACCAUCAGUUUCUACAACUGGAUCAACUGAUGCUUCUUCACCAGCAGCUUCUACAGGUGGACCAACUGAUGCUUCUUCACCAGCAGCUUCUACAGAUGGACCAACUGCUGCUUCUUCACCAAUAGCUUCUACAGCUGGAUCAACUGAUGCUACAGAUGGAUCAACUGCUGCUUCUGGAUCAACUGAUGCUUCUUCUCCAGCAGCUUCUACAGCUGGAUCAACUGAUGCUUCUUCACCAGCAGCUUCUUCUGCUGGAUCAACUGAUGCUUCUUCACCAUUAGCUUCUACAGAUGGAGCAACUGCUGCUUCUUCAGGAGCAGCUUCUGCAGCGGGAUCCACUGAUGCUUCUUCACCAACAGCUUCUACAGAUGGAUCAACUGCAACUCCUUCAGAACCAGCUUCUACAGCUGGAUCAACUGAUGCUUCUUCACCAGCAUCUUCUAGAGCUGGAUCAACUGAUGCUUCUUCACCAGCAGCUUCUACAGUUGGAUCAACUUCAGCUCCUUCAGGAGCACCAGGAGUUGCUACAGAUGGAUCAACUGAUGACUCUUCACCAGCAGCUUCAACAGAUGGAUCAACUGCUGCUCCUUCAGGAGCAGCUUCUACAGCUGGAUCAACUGAUGCUUCUUCACCAACAGCUUCUACAGAAGGAUUAACUGAAGCUUCUUCCAGAGCAGCUUCUACAGGUGGACCAACUUCUGCUUCUUCACCAGCAGCUUCUACAGGUGGACCAACUGAUGCUUCUUUACCAGCAGCUUCUACAGCUGGAUCAACUGAUGUUUCUUCACCAGCAGCCUCUACAGAUGGACCAACUGCUGCUUCUUCACCAAUAGCUUCUAUAGCUGGAUCAACUGAUGCUUCUUCACAAGCAUCUUCUAAAGCUGGAUCAACUGAUGCUACAGAUGGAUCAACUGCUGCUUCUGGAUUAACUGAUGCUUCUUCACCAACAGCUUCUACAGAUGGAUCAACUGAAGCUUCUUCCAGAGCAGCUUCUACAGAUGGACCAACUGAUGCUUCUUCACCAGCAGCUUCUACAGCUGGAUCAACUGCUGCUUCUUCAUCCAUAGCUUCUACAGCUGGAUCAACUGAUGCUUCUUCACCAGCAGCUUCUAUAGAUGGAUCAACUUCAGCUCCUUCAGGAGCACCAGGAGUUUCUACAGAUGGAUCAAGUGAUGCCUCUUCACCAGCAGCUUCAACAUAUGGAUCAACUGCUGCUCCUUCAGGAGCAGCUUCUACAGCUGGAUCAACUGAUGCUUCUUCACCAACAGCUUCUACAAAUGGAUCAACUGAUACUUCUUCCAGAGCAGCUUCUACAGAUGGACCAACUUCUGCUUCUUCACCAGCAGCUUCUACAGGUGGACCAACUGAUGCUUCUUCACCAGCAGGUUCUACAGCUGGAUCAACUGAUGCUUCUUCACCAGCAGCUUCUACAGAUGGAUCAACUGAUGCUUCUUCACCAGCAGCUUCUACAGGUAGACCAACUGAUGCUUCUUCACCAGCAGCUUCUACAGAUGAAACAACUGCCGCUUCUUCACCAAUAGCUUCUACAGCUGGAUCAACUGAUGCUUCUUCACCAGCAUCUUCUAAAGCUGGAUCAACUAAUGCUACAGAUGGAUCAACUGAUGCUUCUUCACCAACAGCUUCUGCAGCUGGAUCAACUGCUGCUCCUUCAUGGCCAGGUUCUACAGAUGGACCAACUGCUGCCUCUUCACCAAUAGCUUCUACAUCUAGAUCAACUGACGCUUUUACACCAGAAGCUUCUACAGAUGGAUCAACUUUAGCUCAUACAGGAGCAGCUUAUACAGCUCUUAUGGAUGGAUCAACUGCUGUGUCUUCACCAGCAGCUUCUACAGCUGGAUCAACUGCUGCUCCUUCAGGGUCAGGUUCUACAGAUGGAUCAACUGAUGCUUCUUCACCAGCAGAUUCUACAGAUGGAACAACUGAUGCUUCUUCACCUGGAGCUUCUUCAGCUGGAUCAACAGAUGCUUCUUCGCCAGAAGCUUCUACAGAUGGAUCAACUGCUGCUUUUACAAAAAUAGCUUCUACGGCUGGAUCAAAUACUGCUUCUUCAACAGAGUUAUCACAGACUUUUGAUACCUAUUCUGUUUCUCCAUCAAUACUUGUGUCUUCAACAACAACAACAAAUAGCCAACUGUCAACAGAGGAUAACUGCUCCUUUUCCCAGAUUUAUCUGAACCAUCUAUGUUCUGACAUGGAAAUGAGGAAUGUGACAGUUGCUGAUGCAAAAGAAGCAAUGGAAGGAGAGUUGAAAAGGAUAUAUGAUUCAAUUUUCAACAUUUGUCAAACAAAAACAUUCACUAUCAGGAUUGAAUUCAAAGUUGACUUCUAAUCUGGAAGCCCUUUAGAGAGUCUUGUAAUAACAGAUAUUUUGGAAAAAUAUAUAUUUUUAUUUUUUCA